AUGAUUGAAUAAUUCUUACUAUCACUGAUACUGAGCGUGGGAGUUAGAUGCAAUUAAUAUGAAUUUAAGAUAGAAAUUGGUUAGUUAGAAACAGUUUUAGAAUUAAAUAAUGCUACAAAUGUAACAAUGAGUGAAGAAAGUGAUAAAGAGUUUUGUUGGAUUGAAGAUGAAAAAGUUCUUCUGCAAACAACAUCUCUUAUGAACUAUUAAGAUCUAGAUAUAAUGAAUAAAUACUACUUUUUAUUAGCGACACAAAAUGAUCUUUGGGUACUAAUGAACGAUAUGAUUUUAACUUAAUUAACACAUGAUGGAACAAUUAUUCAAUAGAAAAAAAUUGAAGGGAAUUACACUUAAUUUAAAGGUUAUUAUAAUGAAAAAAGUGAAAAUCCUAUUUUCUUGGUUGAUUAUUAGUUGUUAAAUGACACUUAAAUUACAUUUUAUCAUGGUGUAAUUAAAACUUAUGAUGGAUUUUUAUUUGUAAUAAAUAAAUUCAUUUAUGUUUAUGAUCUUUAAAAUAAAACAAACAAAUAUUUUGGAUCAAUAGAUAUAUCUAAAUUUCAAAAUAUUAUAGACUUUGAUAUUAAAAAAAUUGAUGAUAAGAAAUACUAUUUUUAUUUGAUGGAUUAGCAUCUUGGAUUAAAUGUAUUAAAAUUGCUAUUAAAAUAAAACAAUAUCAAUUCCAAAAUAAUUUAUUCUGAAUUAAAUCCAUUUUAAAAUCCAAAAUCAUUUUUUUGUAAUGAAUAUUAUAGUUGUUUUGGAUUAUAUUAUAAUGAUGUAUAUAAAAUUAUGAAUUUCAGAAUAAAUUUUAUGGAUAAUAGUAUUUCAGUUGGGGAAAUAUUAUAAGAAUAGAAUAAAAUAAUAAAAAUAAUAAAUGUAGGAGAUAUGAUGUUUAUUUAAUCCAAAAAUAAUCAUAAGGUCUAUCUCUAUAACUCAAAUGAAAUCUAAAAUAUACAAAUUUUAGGAUUAUAAUAAAUCUCUGUAGUAAAUUCUUCAUUAAUUUAUAUGAUUACAAAUACAAAAUUGAUCAAAUUGUAAUUAUCCAGAACUCAUCCUAAGAUUCUUUGCUUUUGUGAUGAUACUGAAGUUUGUCCAUUAAUAUAUGAUUAUGGAAUUAAUUUUAGAGAUAAAACAAAGAUAAUGAAUUUGAAAUUCACAAUAGAGUUUUAAACAUCUUUAGAGGAUCAAAUGAACGAUGUUUUAAUUAUUAUAUUUUCAAUAGUAUCCUUAUUUGGAAGUAAAUUUUGCAAUUAUAUUAAUAGUUAUAUUAUUGAUUUUUUGGAUUUAUUCUUUAAAAGCUCAAAUCUAGUUGUUAGAAGAAAAAAUAAAUUAAGGAUAUUAAUUUAUGUAAAAAAAUAAAUUACCAAUAUUUCAUACCCUUGAAAACCUUGCUUUUACAUUUCGAGGAGCUGAAACUUUAUCCAAAAGAAUCUAACAACAAGAAUCUUAGGAAAUUUAAGAAAUGUAUUGA